AUGAAGCUCUUAUCAGCUACCGCUGCCUUGUUCGGCCUUCUCGCCCCCGUUUCCGCUGCUGGAUCUCUCGCAGUUCGCGCUCCCGCGUUCUUUGACAUCGCCCAGACCCCGAUCAGGACUACUGCUGGUGCUCCCGUGAAUGGAAACAACCCAUUGACUUACUGCGCCGACCCGUCGACCUACAGUUUGGAUAUCCAUUCGGUCGACUUGACGCCGAACCCCCCUCUGCCUGGCCAAACUCUUACCAUCGAGGCUGCGGGUACCUUGCACGAAAAAAUCGAGAAAGGUGCUACCGUGCUCUUGGAGGUCAAGUAUGGCCUUAUCACCCUCAUCAGGCAAACCGUCGAUCUCUGCGAGCAAAUCGAGAAUGUCGACCUCCACUGCCCCUUGGAGAAGGGUGACAUGGUUCUGAAGAAGCAGGUUGAGUUGCCUAAGCAGAUCCCGCCGGGUAAAUACUCUGUUCACGCCGAUAUCUACAACAACGACGGGAAGCAGGUUACCUGCCUCGAAGCCCAAAACAUUGAAUUCAAGUUCGGACGCUAA